AUGGCUAAUCGUUUAAAUCUUACUUAUGAAAUUGAAAAUGUUGAGGUUGAAGGAUGGGGGAAGAGAUUUGAAAAUGAUACAUGGACUGGAGCUUUUGGAUGUUUAAAAGAAGGGAAAGCAGAAAUUUUGGCUGGCGGUUCAAUGAUGACACCAAACAGAAACAAAGCUUUUGAUUUUUCCGAUCCUAUAGGUUACCAAUCUAGUUCUAUAUUAAUUAAAGUGCCAAUAAGAGAAAAUUUUGUUGCACAAAUGUUGGCAUAUGCAUUUGGAUGGAAGAUUUGGCUAUCUAUUAUUGGUUGUUUUGUGCUUGCUGGAUUUGCCUAUAGAUUUAUACAAAAUCAAAAUUUUGGAUUUACAAGAACUACACAAACUAGCAAUAUUUUACUUGCACAUUCUUUGGUUUUCUUUAGAGGAAAAAAAUUUUAUUUAACUAAUCAUUCACUCUCUUCACGGAUACUUAUUGCUACAGUUUGGAUUUGUUCGUUAUUUUUGAUGGCAUUUUUUGGUGCUAAUUUAGUAGCGUUGUUUGCACAUGGCGCUUCUAAACUUCCGUUUGAAAGUUGGUUACCGAAUAUUCUGCUUUUUAAAUUUGGUUAG